AUGGGCGUCGCGCACGACAAAUCCCUCGUAACCCCCUCCUACACCAACGAACUCGAAACCUCCUCUACCGACCUCCACGGCGACCCCUACCCAACCGAAGACGAAAUAGCCACCCUCCGUCGUGUCCCCGGUAAAGUCCCCUGGAACGCCUACACAGUCGCCUUCGUCGAACUCUGCGAGCGGUUUUCUUAUUAUGGCUCCACCGUCGUCUUCACAAACUUUAUCCAGCAGCCACUUCCCGCGGGAUCGUCGACGGGCGCGGGGUAUGACGGACAGAGUGGAGCUCUGGGCAUGGGACAAAGGGCUUCGACGGGGUUGACGACAUUUAAUACGUUUUGGUCGUACGUUAUGCCGCUUGUGGGGGGGUAUGUUGCGGAUACAUAUUGGGGGCGGUACAAAACGAUUUGUGUUUCGCUUGCAAUUGCGAUUUUUGGGCACAUCCUCAUGGUGAUUUCUUCCAUUCCGAACGUGAUCGCCCAUCCCAAUGCCUCAAUCGGGGUCUUCGCAGUUUCCCUCGUCGUCAUGGGCAUUGGUACGGGUGGGUUCAAAGCCAAUAUCUCACCCCUCGUCGCGGAGCAAUAUAAGGAGACACGGAUGACGACGCAAACUCUCACGACGGGGGAGAGGGUGAUUGUUGACCCGACAUUGACGGCAAGCAGGAUCUACAUGUACUUCUACCUGAUGAUCAACAUCGGUGCACUGGUGGGCCAGAUUGGGAUGGUCUACUCUGAGAAAUGGGUAGGAUUUUGGUUGGCGUAUACCCUGCCCACCUGUAUGCUCUGCCUAUGUCCACUCGUGAUGUGGCAUGGGAGGAACCGAUAUGUUACCUCGCCUCCACAGGGCUCGGUGUUGUCGAAGGCGAUCAGUCUUUUUCGGUACGCGUGUCGUGGUCGGAUUUCGGUCAACCCCGUCACGACGUAUAAGAAUUUGAAUGAUGGCACGUUCUGGGAUAACGUCAAACCAUCCCGGAUCCCGCCUUCCGAACGCCCGCCUUGGAUGGAUUUCGACGACGCCUGGGUCUCACAAGUCUCCCGUGGUCUAAAGGCGUGCAAAGUCUUUCUGUUCUAUCCGCUGUAUUGGCUCACGUACAACCAACUCAACAACAACCUAACGAGUCAAGCAGCAGUAAUGAACACCCACGGACUCCCCAACGACGUCCUAAGCAACCUCGACCCAUUCGCAUUGAUUAUAUUGAUCCCAGUGUGUGAUUUACUCGUCUACCCCGCACUCCGGAAAGCUGGAUUAAGGUUCUCCCCGAUCCGGAAGAUCUUUGCUGGGUUUCUGACGGGAGGGAUGUCCAUGAUUUGGGCCUGCGUGAUUCAGUACUAUAUCUACAAACAAAGCACCUGCGGAACGCACGCCUCAGACCCCGAUUGCGAACCUGUCGAUAUUAACGUGUGGGCGCAGACGGGGUCUUAUAUCCUCAUCGCACUCUCUGAGAUCUUUGCGUCGAUCACGGGUCUUGAGUAUGCGUUUACCAAGGCGCCGAGGAAUAUGCGGUCGAUGGUCAUGGCGGUCUUCUUGCUCACCAAUGCCGUUAGCUCCGCUCUGGGCUUCGCGUUCGUGAGUUUGAGUGCGGAUCCGUUGUUGGUGUGGAAUUAUGGGGUUAUGGCGGUUCUCGCUACCGUGGGUGGGGUUGCGUUUUAUCUGUGGUUUAGGGGCUUGGAUAAGGAUGAGGAUAGGUUGAAUCAGAUCCCGGAGUCGAACAUUGAUGGGGAAGUCGUUGAGGGGGAAAAGGAGUACGAUGCGGAGAAGGAGGGGAUGGCGACGCAGAUUAGGAUGCACGCGGGGGAGAAGACAACGAUGGAGUUGUAG